AGCCUCAUGGAACAAUUACUUCGCCUCCGCAGUGAGGCCGCUCAUCCAGACUCUGCCCACCACCUCUCCGCCCUCCUCUCUUCACACUCCGGUCCCUGGUCCCUCCGUCACCUCCUCCCUUGCUUCCAGGACAUCUACAAAGCCCUCCCCGAAUCCCUCAAGGCCAACAACGAUGAAUUCAUCACCCGCCUCCGCGCACAAGUCAAGGCAGCAACCCCCAACGUCGCCGAACUGAUCGGGACAGACUCCCGCCCCGGUUUCAUCGAUGUCAGCACUGGACGAAACCUGACACAUGGUGCCAUCCGGCAGUUUGUGCAGAACUUCCAGUUGCCCGUGGGGCCCUCUCGCCAUGGCAAGCCUCGUGUCGCUGUCAUCCUGCCUAACGGCCCUCUCAUGGCAGUCGCUGUUAUCGCCUUCGCGAACAAGUACACCAUUGUGCCUAUGGCGCCGAACACGGUGCCGGAACAGUUGCACAUGGAUAUCGAGCAGGUGCAAGCUGAUGCUGUUGUCGCGCUGGACGCUGACAUUGGCAAGCUGCAGCUGGACAACGGUAGUCGGCCGGUGUUUGGUGUUGAGCCACUCGAGGAUUUGACUUUCCGGGUGGUUUCUGCACAACAUGCUUCUAGUGGAGUUGCCUUCGCCCCGAAUGCCGGGGACGACAUUGCCAUUAUCCUCUUUACCAGUGGUACCAGUGGUAACAAGAAGCUGGUUCCUAUCUCAACUUACAACCUCAUUGCGGGUACCAUGGCCACCAUGGAAUCGGUGGAACUGACGGAAACCGAUACCUGUCUUAACAUGAUGCCGCUGAACCAUGUCGGUGGUAUUCUCCGAAGUAUCUUCUCCCCCCUUCUCGCCGGUGGCGCCACAAUCUGCUGUCCUUCUUUCGACCCCAGCAUGUUCUGGGAUGCCGUCGAAAGCCCUCACAUGACACCAACCUGGUACUACGCCACACCCACGAUGCACCAGAUGAUCCUUGGCGAAGCCGAGCACCGUCCCGACGCUGUCAAGCAAAGCGUCAUCCAGUUCAUCUGUAACGCUGGUGGUGGUCUUCCGCCGACGCUUGCCGUGCAGCUUCGCGAUACCUUCCGCUGCGUUAUCCUCCCCAGUUACGGUAUGACGGAGUGCAUGCCUAUUGCUGCACCGCCGAAGAACUACACUCUUGAUCGCCAGGGAACUUCGGGACGGAUCGUUGGUCCCGAGGUUGCGAUUCUCGAGGGUGGCAAGCCCGUUGCGCGGCCCGAGAUGCUCGGUCACAUUUGUGUUCGUGGAUCGCCUGCAUUCGAGGGUUAUCUGACCCCCGAGGGCAAGAUCGAUCUCAGUGCAUUUGAUGAAUCCGGCUGGUUUGAUACUGGUGAUCUGGGAUACCUCGAUGCCGACAACUACCUGUACAUCACUGGUCGCAGCAAGGAGGUUAUCAACCGUGGUGGUGAAAUUAUCUCCCCCGUUGAAGUGGAAGACGCCGUGCUGGCCGCGGCCAAGGAUCCAAACUCCCCGCUGUAUGGCCGCGUCUCUGAGACACUGGCCUUCUCUGCCCCCGACGAGGUCCUGCAGGAAGUUGUCGGUGCGGUCAUCGUUACACCCCCCGGCAAGACCAGGCCGGAUCUUCGCCAGCUGAACGAAGCGCUGCACCCAAUCAUCCACCAGCCCAAGUGGCCCGCUGUGGUUGUGUAUAUGGACCGCGUGCCAAAGUCGAACAACAAGAUCCAGCGUAUCAAGCUUGCUCAGCGCUUAGGCUUGGAGACUCUCACCCCGAACACGCCUCUGGCCGACCGGCACUACGAGGCUGUCUGCCCGCCCAACGGUACGCCGCUCAGUGCAUCCAUCCCGCAGCAGCAGUGUGUCAUCGACGACAACAUCAUCCGCUCGGUUCUGACCGAGAUGGCCGGCACCCCCGACGUGCACAUCCAGACACACCCCCGCGACGGGUUCGCGCAGGCUGUUCUGUUUGUCGAUAAUCCUGACGAUGACCAUGUCACACCCGAUGACCUUCACGACCAGCUCGAUGGCUACCUCAUCCCCAGCCGCAUCACUCCCCUCGAGGGCCCCAUGCCUCUUGAUCCCUUUGGCAACCCCAACCAGGCCGCCAUCGACGAUGCCAUCCGCGCUCGCAACUCGGACGGUGAUUUGUCGCCUAUUCAGCGUCGCGUCCGCGAGAUCUUCGCUAUCGCCUUGUCUUGCGCCGCCGAGGACAUCACUGCGCUUACCGACUUCUUCGCCGCUGGCGGUGACAGUCUGAGCGCUGGUCGUUUGGUUUCACAACUCCGUCGCGAAUUCGGUAUCUUCCUGGCUGGUGACAUUCUGUUCCACAACAGCACCAUUGGUGACAUGGAGCAUAAGAUCACCGAGGCCGUCGAGAUCAAGGCUGCCAAGGGCGACGAAGGGGAAGUCGAACUCCCCGGUUGCGAGAAGACCUACAGCAGCACGAACCCGAUUCUUUUGGUCCUGCAUCUGUUCCCGAUCAUGUUCUUUGCUCCCAUGAAGCGUGCGUUCCAGUGGCUUCUGUUUGCGUACGUCAUGGCUGAGUGCUCGACCCGGUUCCCCAUUCGCGAGGUCCUCAUCGGUCGUCUUGUUCUGAUCGUUCUGGCUGUGCUGGCCGCCCGUGUCGGUGGUUCCAUUGUGUCUCCUUUCUGCGGUAUCAUCUUCAAGUGGCUCGUCAUCGGUCGCUACAAGGAGGGCAUGUUCCCCAUGUGGGGACCGUACCACACCCGCUGGUGGUUGACCCAGAAGGCGCUACAAGUGUGCGGAAAGGGUAUCUUCAACAACUACAACUGGUCUCGUGUUCUCUUCUACCGUUUGCUCGGUGCUAAGAUUGGCAAAAACGUCACUCUCGCGCCAUCCGCCAAGAUUGGUGAGUACGAUCUCGUCGAGAUCGGUGACAACGUCGUCUUGGAUACGUGCCAGGUCCGUCCCUUCGCCGUGGAGCGUAACACCUCCAUGCUUCUGAAGCGCAUCCGUAUCGGCAAGGAUUCGUCUGUUGGUAUCAAGUCCAUCGUCGCCCCUGGUGCCGAUAUCCCCGAGAACACCUGCAUCGGUCCCAACUCGUCGAGCUGGGAGCUCCAGGACGCUGACGAGUCUAACCGCGACUUGCUCACUUCUCGUAUCCCCGGUCCGCACUGGAUCUGGACUUUGCUCAUUGUCGAGCCACUCAAGAUCAUCGUCUGGGUUGCUUCCCGUCUUACCUGGAUGGGUGGUCUUGUGCCCAUGGUGCGCCAGUACCCCGUUCCCGCGGCUGAUAUGUUCCUGGCCACGCUGGAAUGGUUCACGCAGGGUCAGCGGAUUGGCUUCCACAUCACUGCGAAGAUCUGCCGUGCUGUUGGUGGUCCGAUCGUGCUAUUCCUCACAGUCUUGAUUGUCAAGUCUUUGCUCGAUCUCAUCUGCGGCAAGCCCAAGCCUGGUCCUGCAUCGAAGCAGACUACCCGCCAGAAGGUGCGCAGUGCUGUGCUCGCUCAAAUCUUGCCCUCUGGCGACAUCCACGAACUCACCCGUCUCAUCGGUCGUCACUACGAACUCGUCUCGAUGGCGAUCCGUGCCCUUGGUGGUAAGGUUGGCAAGCGCAUCUACUGGCCCAGUGUCGGUCCCGCUGUUCCGGACUUUGACCUUGUGGAGGUUGGUAACGACGUUGUCUUCGGUUCUCGCUCGAACAUUGUCACUUCGGAUGGCUACGGCCGUGACCGCGUUGUGAUUGGUGAUGGCACCAUGGUUGGUGACCGUUGUGUUGCUCUGCCCGGUGUUACCAUCGGUCGCGAGGCCAUGAUUGGUUCCGGUGCUUUGCUCCGCCGCAACGGCGACUAUCCGGCUAACACCGUCUGGACUGGUAGCAAGGGUGGUGAUGCCGUUCAGUUCCCCGGCUCCAACACCCCAUUGCCCAGUUCGACUGCUCCCACCGUUGUCGGAAGCAGCAGCAGUAGCGCCAACGGCGACAGCGAAGACGAGAAGCGUGCCGGCGAGAAGACCCCCAACGAGAAGCAGACCCCGCUCGGCUCCAAGAAAAAGACCAUCACCGACACCAAUGUCACCGAAAAGGACACCUGCAAGCCCUUCGGCCGCGCCUUCUACCGCCACGAAUCCAACUAUUACGUUCUCCGCAUCUGGCAAAUCGUCAUCUACUCUGUUCUCUCCGUUGUCAUCACCACCGUCUACUGGCUCCUCACCAUCUUGUUCUCUCUCUUCGCUCUCCGCGCUGCCAUAACCCACAGCGACGCCGUCGGCUUCCAACAAGGCCCCUGGCGCCCAUUCGUUUUGUACGGCGUGCUCGCUGCAAUCCUCUCGGGCGUCAGCGCCGCACAGGCCUUUAUCGCCCUCGGCAUCGUUAUCACUAUCAAAUGGAUGGUCAUGGGCCGCCGCAAGGAAGGCACCUUCCACUGGGACAAGAGCAGCUACAACCAGCGUUGGCAAUUCCUGCUCUCCUGCGAGACCAUGAUCAAGGACUGCUACGGCGGCGGUCUCCUGCCCAUGAUCACGGGCUCUGCCUACAUCGUUUGGUACUACCGCCUGCUGGGCGCGAAGAUCGGACAGGACUGCUCCAUCCACGCCAACGGCACGCCCAACAUCUUCUUCACCGAGCCUGACCUCCUCACUCUUGGUGACCGUGUCGCCGUCGACGACUCCAGUCUUGUCUGCCACUUGAACUCGCGUGGUGAGUUCGAGUUGCACACUUUGAGCGUUGGGGACCGGAGUAUCAUGCGCGCUGGAUCGCGGUUGAUGUCCGGUGCUUCGAUGGGCGAGGAUGCUUGUCUUCUCGAGCAUACUUUGGUUCUCUCGGGUGACCAUGUUGAGGAUGGAAGUACGUUGCAAGGAUGGCCUGCUGAGGGCUUUGAGGGGAAGCGCGCUUAGACAUUUAGACUUUUUUAUCUUCUUUCUUCUGGGGUUGUUUUGUUCUUUUUGAUUGUGAUGAAAAGUUGAUAUCCUAAUAUUUGUAUAUAGACCUGUUGGAUCUUGACGGUACUUUUAAUAUCUUGGUGUUAAUAUUUAGAUCGGCUG